AUAUUUUUAAAAGAUGUUUGGUAAAUUUGUCUCAUGAGACUCAUUUUUCGGGGCUGGGAAUGUAGUUUGGUGGCAGAGUGCUUGCCUAGCAUGUAUGAGGCCCUGGGUUGGAUCACCAGCGCAGCAUACUGAACAAAAACGAGACAGUUAUUUAUUUGUAUUUUUUUUUUGUAAUAUUGGGGAUUAAAUAGGGCCUCAUGCGUAUUAGGCAAGCACUGUAUCACACCCCCAACCCCAUAUUUAUUUUUACUAGGUCAAGAAAGGUAAAAAUGCAAAAUUAUUCAAUAAUAAAAUUUAAUAAAACUUAAAAACAAAAACCAAAGAUGCAUCCUUAAUUUUCCCUUUCACCUUAUAAUCAAACUAUCACCUCCAUCUUUAGAGUUUACCUAUUAUCUCUGUAGUUGGUUCCCAUUUUAAAUACUGCCACCUGCUCCUUCAAUACCAUCAUCUCACCUGGCCUACUGGAGCUGUUCACAAUUAAUUUCCCAGUAUUCCUUUCACCACACUGCAGCCAGAUGAAGUGUUACAUAAAUCUGACUCUUAAAAUGCUAUUGGUAUUCCUGUCAUCACUUGUAGAAUAAAAUCUAAACUCCUUAUGGUGUUGUGAAGCUCUUCAUGAUUUUGUUCAUGUCCACCUCGCUCACUUUUUGUCACUCUACCCCUUCAUCCAUUUUAUUCUGCAACUGCCUUCCCUCCCUCCCCCCAUCCCCCGACCCCACUUGUGAAGCUCAUUUUUCUUCAAGGGCUUUGUGCUAUCUGUUCCUCCACCAACCGUGUUUCCUUGUUUUCAACCUGGCUUGUAAAGAUCUUAAAUAUCUCUACCGCAGACAGGUUUUUUUCCUGUUUUGUUUUUGGUUUUGUUAGCCCAAUGAAAAAAUAACAGUAAUUUCUUAGUAUGCCAUGUAUACUUCUUACAGCACUUAUCACCAUUUAUUACUUGUAUGGUUCUGUUUUCUACUUUCUAUUGUAAGAAUAGUUGAUCUGAGACAUGUUGGCUGUAAUUUCAUUGCUAUACAUGCUUAAUAAUAGACCUAAUAGAUACUUAAUUAAUAUCUACUGAAUGAAUAAAGGGUUCCACCACAGCCUAUGUAGGUACAUCAAUGAAAGGUCCUUGUAAAGUAUUUAGGAAAGCCACAUUUUAAAAUGUUAUAUAGUAUUCUCAUUUAUAAAGGAAAUUUUGUAUAAUAGAAAGAACCUGAGUUUCAUUAUCUCAUAGGAAUAGCAAUGCCUAUUUUAUAGAAUUGUUUUAAGAAUUUAAAAAGCAUCUAUCAAUUGCCAGAAUUUUACUUGGCAUACAGAACAGGUCUCGAUUUUUGAAUUUGAAUAUGGGCACAUUUUAAAAAUCAAAUUUAUAGAAAGUAUUUUUAUUUUGAAAGAUUAAUGGCAGUGCAAUAUAGGCCUUUUGGAAAAUAUUUUUCUUCCACCCCUCAUUUAUGACCCCCCCCAAAACACAUACUCCAACAUUGUCUCCUUCUCUCCUUGUCUAUCUUCCUCUCACAUCCAUUCUCAAAUUAUAAAAGAUCUUGUCUCAUGUUAGAGGUUUAGGUAAAGCAGUGUUUCAUUUUUUUCAGUGAAAACCGUGAUUUUAAAAGUCACACAAACUUCCUUGGACAUUUUGAUAAAUUAUUCAAACAGGUAUUCAAAGUAUAGUUUAUCUCUUUGUUUUUAGAAGUGUGGUUUGACAAGCUUUUUAAAAUUAGGUUUAUUGAGAUAUAACUCACAUGCCAUACCAUACAAUUCACCCAUUUAGCAUGUAUAAUUCAGUGUUUUUAGAGUGAUGUAACCAUUGCCACAGUCAGUUUCAGGACAUUUUUAUUACUCCAGAAAGAAACCCAUAGCUCUUAAUCUCCCCCAACACCUCUUCCCUCCUUUCCCAGCCCAAGGCAACCACUCAUCUUUUUCCUGUCCCUAAAGGUUUGCCUAUUAUGGCCAUUUCAUAGAAAUGGACAUACAGUGUUCUUUUGGGUCUAUCUUCUUUUACUUAGCAUAAAGUUUUCAUAGUUCAAUAUUCAUGUUAUAGCAUGCUUUAGCACCUCAUUUGUUUUUAUAGCUGAAUUGUAUGCUUUUGGAUGAAUAUACCACAUCUUGGUUAUUCCCUUUUCACUUGAUAGAAACUUGGAGUCUUUCCACUUUUUGGCAGUUAUGUGUCUGCUCAUAGCAAUAUUCAUAUGAAUUUUUGUAUGGAUGUAUAUUUUCAUUUCUUUUAUAUAUAUACACAUAGGAGUAAAAUUGCUGUGUCAUAUGGUAAUUCCAAGGUUAAACCUUCUGCCCGACUAUUUUCUAGAGUGGUUUUGCUACUUAUAUUUUCACUAGCAGUGUAUUAGUUUAAUGAGGUUCCAUUUUCUCUGUAUCCUUGCUAACACUAAUUAUCUGAGGACCAGCUUUUUGUUUGUUUUUAAUGACAAACCUGGAAAGCAGUGUGAAAGGUUUUGAGAGUGAGACACAAUGUAUUAGAAAGAAUAAUGGAUUCUCUCCAUAUUUUUCUGAUCUUUCCACAGGCCUACUCCUGACUUACAGAUAAAUAAACUGAGGAGAGAGAAAUGGAAUGUUUUAAGGGUGUAGUGAUGUUUAGAGGCUAAGUAGAAAGAGAUGCCACUAACAGGAAUUCAGAUAAGAUAAAGAAUAUUUUUCCCCUUCUAUCCUUCCUACCUGUUGUCAAGGAAGACAGUUUCUUUGGAACAUUUUUAAAAUUGACACUCUUUAUAAGACAUGGAAGUAGUUUUGUUUGGCAGGUGUAAGUGUGUGUGUGUGUGUGUGUGUGUGUGUGUGUGUGUGUGUGUGUUGGCAGUUUCAAAGGCCACCCAGGAAACAGCAUCCUGUGGGGGUGGGGGUGGGGGAGAGGACUACAUAGUAUAGUGGAAAGUAGACAGGCUUUCAGUCAGAGACCUGAAUAAGUUUGAUUCUGUUUUUAUACCACUUACUGACAGUAGUACCUUGGGCAAGUUAUUUAAUCUCUGAGCUUCAGUUUUCUCAUCAGUAAGUCUCUGUACGAUAGCUUAAAAAACUAAGUCAGAUAAUCUAAAGGCAGGUUAGGUUCUGACAUAGAACAGGCAUGUAAUGAAUGCUGGUUUCUUCCCUAGAAAAAGUUUGACAUGGGAUGAAAAAGGAUCAAGAACAUAGUUCUAGAGAAUCUUUUGUUAAUAGCUUUGGGCUCUUUUGCUCAUUUCCUUAUAAUAUAGAAGGGUGGCAGUGACCACAGAACUCCAGAGUAACCUGAUGGGAAGCGAUGCUGCUGAACUUUCAGAUGAUUCUUUUGAAAGUUCAAGCAAAACACUUGGACAACCUGAAAAAGAAAUGAAGAAGAAAGAUAUAGUGCCUUGGUGGAUAACUGAAGAUGAGUUUGAAGAUGGUGGCCUGCUUGGAACAAAUGUAAGCUAUUUGAAAACAAAGAGGACUUCUCAACCUGUUGUGGAAACAGAAGAGGAUUCUGCUGAAAAAAUUCAAUUUCUGAAGAGCAGUGGAACCUCUAUCUUAAGUGUUGACAGCUUAGAAACAAAUGAACUAGUAGUUUCUGAGCUGAAUCAUAGUAUUAUUGGAUUGGGAUUGGACACAUUAGAAGAACAAGAGGAAAAAGAACAGUUUUUUGCCAGGCUUGAGAAAGGCUUGACUUCAUCCAUUGAUUAUUCAAGAUUGAAUAAGGAAUUGGAUUCUAAUGAUUCCACGCAUUGUAAAGCUUUACAUAGUUACCAAGCUAAUGUGGAAUUAACUGACAUCGAACAUGAAACUGAAUCAAAACAUGAAGAAUCCCCAGAAAAUUACACGGAUGAUUUUGAAGAUGCAGAGGAUAUAGGUGUACCUUUGAUUUCUAAAGAUGAAGAGACUCAUUCCAAGGAAAAUCUCAAAUCAGAAAAAAUAAAUGUACCCAAACAGGAAGAAGAGAAAACCGGUAUGCUGGCUAAUGUUGUGCUGCUUGAUUCAUUAGAUUCUAUUGAAGAGGUAAACCUUGAUGAACAAGAUAAAGCAACAACUAAGCCAGAGGCCCUACCAGAAAAGACUGAAAAUGAAAUGACAGGAACAGGCCUGUCUUAUGGACAGAGCAAUAGUGACAUUGAAGCCCUACAUCAUGCUUAUUGUCAUAUAGCUCAUUCUUUGGAAGAUGCAGAAGAACAAAGAACUGAGAGUUUUACAGUAGAAAAUAUCAAGAACUCAGUGAAAGAUCAUCCUCAAGAAAAUGAAGAGUCUUCAAAAAACAUCUCUACUACUGAAUCUGAUCUGCCCACAAUAGAGGAGCUAAUGAAACCUAUCAGAAUAGAUUCUUUUGGGAUCACUGGUCUUGAUUUACAACCUGUCAGACACACUCAUCUUCUCCCUAAAGCAGAUAGCCCAAAGUACCACUCAGGACUGCCUCCAUUUGAAGGACCAGGAUUUCCUGAUGAAGCGCAGUCCUCUCCAUUAGGUUUGGGUGUGGCUCCACCUUGCCCACCAAUGGAUGAAGUAAAAAGUUCUAACAAAGUGACUGAUAGUAAAGAAGCUGAAUAUGUUAGCUCUUUACCCCUUAAAAUGAAUGCAAAUAUUAUGUCUCAAGACCCAAGACACGUGAACCAGUAUUUUGACAAAAAUGAGAACGUGAUUUUACAAAAGACAACAAAUGAAAGUAUGAAAAAUAGCUGUCCAGUGGUAACUGCUAUGGAAGAACACAUUGAUAAAAUGUACCUUGAUAUUUUGAAGAAAAAAAUAUCUGUUGAUACUUCAUUAUUACCUCGGGAUGACAAAACGAACAAAACUUUUAGAUCUCAAUUCAGUUCUGGAGAAGGAACUGUAACUGGUAAACAAGUGCCAUACAAGAAGGCCAGAAGUGCACCUCCUUUGCUUAAAAGAAAACCCCAGAGUGGAUUAUAUGCAUCCGUUAGGAGCUCGGGCUAUGGCAAACCCAGUUCACCACUCAAGAUGUUUUCUACCUUUGAAAAGAAAACUUCAAAGGACAUUGGGAGAGGCAAGAACUUGAGAUCCAUUUCUACCUCAAAUCAAGCUAGGAAAAAAGAUAUCUUAUCUGGAACAAAACUCAUCAAGCCUGCAACUUUGAAUAAACUGACUCCCAAAAGUGAAGGUUGCCUGACCACUCCUAAUAAGUCUGAAGAUCAUACAGCAGCUGAUUCUUAUGUUCAGCUUCAGACUGAUUCUUCAGGAUACUGUGGUGAAAACAAAGAGAAAGAAUCAUUCAUGUUUAAAAGAGUUCAGGAAGCAGAGGAGAAAUGGAGGGGCGCACAGGCCCUAAUUGAGCAAAUUAAAGUCACAUUCUCAGAAAAAGAAAAAGAACUAGAAAGUAAGUUGGAAGAACAAAAAAGAGAGCAAGAAAAAGAGAUACUCAAAUUGAAUCAAGAAAAUUAUAUUCUUCAAGCCAAGUUAAGUGGCUUUGAAGAAACAAACAGAAAACAAAGAUGGUUACAUUUUGGAGACAUAACUGAUCCUGUCACUGGAGAAAAAUUGAAGCAAAUCCAAAAAGAAAUACAAGAACAAGAGACACUUCUUCAAGGAUAUCAACAGGAAAAUGAACGUUUAUAUAAUCAAGUGAAAGAUCUCCAAGACCAAAACAAGAAAAAUGAAGAGCGAAUGUUUAAGGAAAACCAGAGUUUAUUCAGUGAGUUAGCCUCCUUAAAAGAACAGAUACACAGAAGUCGAUUCCUGUCUCAUGCAGUUGAAGAUUCAGAACCCACCAGAAACCAGAGUUUUACAGAUCUAUUAGCAGAACUACGGGUGGUACAGAAAGAAAAAUACGGUUUAUUAGAAGACAUCAAAAGAUUGAAGCAAGACAAACAAGGUCUUGAAGUAGACUUAGAAAAAAUGAAGAAGGAGCGGGACCAAGCCAAAGAUCAGAUUGCUUAUGCCACUGGUGAAAAAUUAUAUGAAAUAAAAAUUUUAGAAGAAACACAUAAACAAGAAAUCAGUCGUCUGCAAAAAAGGUUACAAUGGUAUGCUGAAAAUCAGGAACUUCUGGACAAAGAUGCAACUCGGCUUAAGGAAGCAAAUGAAGAAAUUGAGAAGCUGAAACUUGAGGUUGAGAAAUUGAAAGCCGAAUCUGGGAAUUCAUCUGCUCAGCAAAAAUUACGUUCAAAAGAUAGAGCAUGUGAUGCCAAAAAAAUUCAAGAUCUGGAGCGACAAGUUAAGGAAAUGGAAGGAAUUCUGAAGAGAAGAUAUCCCAAUUCUUUACCUGCUUUAAUAUUGGCUGCAUCAGCAGCUGGUGAUACAGUAGAUAGAAACACAGUGGAAUUUAUGGAAAAAAGGAUAAAAAAUCUAGAAGCUGAUCUGGAGGGUAAAGAUGAAGAAGCAAAGAAAAGCCUGCGUACCAUGGAACAACAGUUUCAGAAAAUGAAGAUUCAGUAUGAACAACGACUAGAGCAGCAGGAACAGUUACUCGCUUUCAAAUUGAAAGAAACACCCCAAAACCAACGAGACAGCUCCUCAAGGGUUAAAGCACUAGAGACGGAACUUGAGGACCUUAAGGAGGCCCAUCAAGUCACUGUAAGGAACCUUGAAGCAGAAAUAAAUGUUCUCAAACACCAGAAUGCUGAAUUAGAGCUCAAGAAAAACAGCAAAGAUGAUAAAGAUUUACAGUCUAUAGAAUUCCAGGUGGAGCAGGCUCAUGCUAAAGCUAAACUGGCGAGACUCAAUGAAGAACUGGCUGCAAAAGGAAGAGAAAUACAAGACCUUUCAAAAACUGUGGAGAAGCUUCAGAAGGAGAGAAGAAUGAUGUUGUCUAGUCAGAACUCAAAGGGCAGAGAAGAAAUGAAUGUCAAAAGGUUGAAGAAAGAUGUUUUGCAUCCAAAUAAACGAAAUGCAAACUCCUCUGGAACCAUGGAUAAAAAGUUGUACCAGCCACAAACUUUUACUGAUUCUCAUCUUUCAGAGGUUUUGCAAGAAAACUACAGAUUAAAAAAUGAACUAGAGGGAUUAGUGUUGGAGAGAAAUAAGCUGAAGAUGGAAUCUGAAGCAGCAGUGAACCAAUUUGAAAACUCCAUGAAGAGGGUCAAGGAAGAUACUGCAGCACAUAUUGCAUCCCUCAAAGCAUCUCAUCAGAGGGAAGUAGAGAAACUCCUUUGUCAAAAUGCAGUCGAAAAUUCUUCUUCCAAAGUAGCUGAACUGAAUCGUAAAAUAGCAACUCAAGAGGUACUUAUAAAACAUUUCCAAAGUCAAAUUAAUGAGCUGCAAGGUAAUCAAGAAUCUCUUACAGUUUCUCAAGUUCGAGAAGAAAUCCUACAGAAAGAGAUUGCAAAACUCUUAGAAGAAUUGAGAGAAGCCAAAGAAAACCAUACACCAGAGAUGAAACAUUUCAUGAGCUUAGAAAAGAAAAUUAAGCAGAUGGAAAUGAGACAUAAGCAAAGAGAACAGGAACUUCAACAGAUAAUACAGCAAACACACCAAGUUGUGGAAACCGAGCAAAACAAAGAAAUUGAGAAAUGGAAAAAACUCGCACAGUUGAAGAAUUACGAGCUGGACAAAUUUCGCACAGAAUUAGACUCAAUACUGGAUGUCCUUCGGGAGCUGCACCGGCAGGGGGUGGUUGUGCCAGUUGCUUUUGCAAAUCAAGUAAAUGCACCAAAGUUUUGCUAGAAACUCAGAUUCAUAUGACCUCAUUGAAAGGUCUAAAGAUGGAUGAAAAUGUACUAUUGUCGGAAAGACAGCUUUUGACAAUUAAGUGUCUGCCAGAAGCAAACAACACCAAAGCAACAUUUUAAAAUAAUCUGCACUAACAGGGAAAAUAAGUAAAUAAAAGCAUCAUGGUAUGUUUUUAACAAAAAGCAUUAACUAAUCACAUUUUAAAUGACUAUGGACAGGUUCCUUAAUGUCAGAUGCUUAUAACUAGUUAAGAUUUACUAUAAAAGGUCUCACAUUCUAGAAAUGGAAAGAAAAAGAAAUUGCACAUUCUCUGCCACAUUAUUAUUGACCAAGUAUGUAUUCUUAAUUUUCUUUGUGACAGAAAAACACUUCCUCUUUCUCAUGAAAAUGAGUAAAAGCUUGUAAGCCCAGUGGCAUGGACAUCUCCUGGAUCCUAGCCAAGUUAGAAUUUCCCUAGUAAUUGAGAUGAGAAUUGUAAUUGAGAUGGUGAAUUCUUAUGUCCUCCUAGUUUUCUGCUACUUCCUCUAGGUGGCUUUUUUUCUUUAACCCGAUAGAAAGUAGAAAAUACAUUUAACAAGUAAUAGGGGAGUUUGAUUUUCCAUUGUUUUAGUCUGUGUCCUAAUUUUUUGUAAUUCUAAAAUUAUGAACAAUAUAAUUUUUAUCUUUUCUGUUGAAAAAUAUCUGUCCAUUAGAAAAAAUACAGAUAUGCAUAAAAGUAGCUGCACUGUUAUGUUACAAUUCCCAUUUUUAAAACAGAUAGGAAAUAUGUGAGAGAAAGCUUUAGCCAGUUUGUUCUAAAAGUUCUAGACCAGCACUAAUGAAAUGUAUGAGCUAUAUGUGUAAUUUGUAAUUUUGUAGUAGCAACACUUAAAAAGGUAAGAAAUAAAAAUUGAAUUUGGGAAUUUUUUUUCAUAGAAAGCCUUCAGAAUAUAUAUUUAUAGCACAUUUCAAUUUGGAAAAGCCACAGCCAAGUAUUUAGUGAUUACAUAAGUGCAAUUAUAAAAUAAUAAUUACAGGGUAAAUACUUUAUGAAGGACUGGUAACCUAGAUCUUGGCGAAAUUGUGGGCAACCAGUGUAAGGUAUGAAAGUUAUUAAAUAAAGGAUGUAAUUAUUGUCUUAACAUUCAACAUUUUUAAUGUAUCUUUCCUAAAAAGAUAGUAAAAUUAUUAUAGUUUACUGUU